CCUCCUCCCAUUAAUUCCGUGAACAAAAACAGAGCCAAAGCAGAGAAACACUUCUCUUCCGACUCGAAUUCUACUCCAAGUCUAUGUCCCAAAAACAGAGCAAAAACAGAGAUCCUCUGUUUUUCCGCAUACAAUUGCAUCGAUGAACCCGAAAUUCGACAGCAGCGACCGCCGGAUUCUCACGUUUCCGGCGGUGCGACCUUGCGAAUUUAUUUCUCUGGAGACCCUUCUCGAGUCUCUGAUCGCUCUCUCCCACACCAUCUGCAGUUUCCAAUCGAAAUGCUGUGCGACGCAAUGGAGGAACAGCCGGGAAGCAAUUCGGCAGGUUCGUGUUCUUCUCAUGUUCUUUGAGGAGGUACGUGAAUGCAAUUCGGUUGUUCCGAAAUCGUCUGUUGUCGUCUGCCUCUCCGAGCUUCAUUUCGUCUUCCAGAAAAUUCGGUUUUUAUUGGAGGAUUGUAUGAGGGAAGGUGGUCGAGUUUUGAUGCUGACGAAAUGCGAGUUUCUUGCGACUCAAUUUCGGUUUCUGAUUCGAGCUGUGGCGACGGCUCUCGAUGUUCUGCCGUUGAAAGUGAUCGAUGUUGGCGAUGAAGUUAAGGAAUUGGUUGAAUUGGUGUCGAAGCAAUCGUGGAAGGCCAACUUAGAGCUCCAAGUGGGUGACAGAUUGGCUUCGAAACGAUUGCUUGCGAUUCUGAACCAAUUCGAAAAGGGAAUCGAGCCCGAUUUGAUUGCCGUAAAGCGGGUCCUCGAUUACCUUCGAAUUAAAAGCUGGAGCGAGUGCAACACGGAGAUCAAAUUCUUGGAAGAACAAAUUGCUAUCAAGCGUUUCGAUCAGGAGGAGAUGGAUGUUCCUUUUCUGAGUAGCUUGGUGGGGUUCAUGAGCUACAGCAGGGGGCUGAUUUUCGAAACAUUGGAUCAUCAAAACCCCGCGAAUCAAAUCGAUUCCAGGUGCGACGUGGAGAUGUUUCGUUGCUUAAACCCUGAAGAUUUCAGGUGCCCGAUUUCUCUGGAGCUAAUGCUUGAUCCGGUGACUGUAUCUACAGGUCAGACGUACGAUCGAAAUUCGAUUCAAAAAUGGCUCGACGACGGACACAUGCUCUGCCCCAAAACAGGAGAGAUGAUCACAAACACAGAGUUGGUACCGAAUUCGGUUCUCCGAAGGCUGAUAAAAAACCUUUGUGAAUACAACGGCAUUUCUCUCGGCAGGCCAGGAAGGAAAAGCGCCGACAAGGAAAAAACGAUCGCACCUGGUAGCCCGGUUGCUAAACACGCAAUGAGGUUUCUGUCGAGAUUUCUCAGCGGAAGGCUUGCUUGCGGAACAAGCGAACAGCAAAACAAGGCCGCUUAUGAGAUUCGAUUGCUAGGCAAAUCAAACAUUUUCAACAGGUCUUGUUUGAUCAAGGCUGGCUGUAUCCCUCCUCUGCUGAGGCUACUGAAUUCCGCUGAUGCAUCCACGCAAGGGAAUGCAAUUGCAGCCUUGUUGAAGCUCGCGAAAUACGCAAGCGGAAUGAAAUUGAUAAUGUCAUGGGGAGGCCUACCAUCAGUUGUUGCUGUUCUUAAAAAUGGGUUGAGUUUAGAAGCCCGACAAAGCGCAGCUGCAACGAUGUUUUACCUCUCUUCGAUGCGGGAGUCUCGGAAACUAAUCGGAGAAAUGCCUGAGGCCAUCCCAGCUCUUGUGGAGCUGAUCAGGGAAGGAAAUACGUGCGGGAAAAAGAACUCCGUGGUUGCGAUUUUCGGGCUGAUCCUCCUUGCUAGGAAUCAACAAAAAGUGCUGGACGCGGGCAUUGUUCCACUGCUAGUUGACAUAAUAUCUUCUUCGUCACAAAACCCUGAUCAGCUCGUUGAUGAUGCAUUAUCAGUUCUUGCAAUUUUGGCUGAAAAUGUCGUAGGAUCAUACGAAAUCCUCCACUCCAUUGAUUUGCAAUUGAUCAUCCGCAUUCUUCAAACUUCGACAUCCCCAAAAGCAAGAGAGUAUUGUGUUUCAACACUGCUGUCUUUGUGCAUCAAUGGCGGGGCGGAAGUUGUUGCUGUUUUGGCAACGGAAUCAUCACUAAUGCCUAGACUCUUUUCGCUCUUGACGGAUGGAACAUCUUAUGCGAUCAAGAAAUCGCGCUCCCUCAUCAAAAUUCUCCAUGACUUUCGUGAAACUAGUACAUCAAGAUGGAUGAGUUCUGCAGUUAGGCGCAAACAAGGCGUCCAGGAACGGUGAUUCAUCUCGAUUUUGCAUGUAAAAUACAUUCAUAGAUAUGGUGUAAAUAUGAUUUUUUUUAGUUAGGCUUUUUACUCUCUGAUUCUUAAAGAAAUCAGCUCAAUUUUUUUUUUCAAGUAGCCAUAUGUGACCAUGUUGCUUGUGUAUCAUUGCAUACGGUUGAAUUUGGUUUUUCUUGUGGUGGAAGAUAGGAUUUGUUUUAAAAUAUAUAAAUGAUGAGACGAAAAUCAAAUCCCAA